UUUCACACUCCCCUCUUUUCUCUUUUUCCUUAAUUUCUUGGCUUUGUAUAUAUCUAAUCCCCUAAUCUCUUCUGCGUCUGUCCAACCUCUUCUCACCUUCCAAUUUCCACCACCACCACCACCCUUCUUUUUAACUUUUAUAAAUUUCCAUUACCCAAAAAAUUCCCAUUUCCUGAUCUUAAUUUCUUAACAUUUCUUUCUCAUAUCCAAACCCCACAUGCACUCAUCCAUGGAUUCCCAAGAGCCUUCAAAUCCACCCCCUCCAUCAUUACCAAGCUUAUUACCACCUUCAUUGCCAAUAUCCCAAAACCCUCCUAAUUGCCUCUUUACACCCUCUCUUCCAUCAUCUUCUAUCCAUCCUCCUCUUCCUCCUCAUCAUCCUCCUCCUCUCGAUGUCCCGCAAAUCCUCCAUGAUAUCGAUUGGGUUGGUCUCUUAUCCGGACAACUUGGUGGGUUUGGUGAGCUAAUGAAUAAACCCAGGAUGCAAAAUGGUGAAGGUGAUCAUGAAGAAAAAGGUGGCAAAAGGAAAGGUGGGAGGAUGAGCAAAACAUGCCGGCCGAGGUUUGCUUUCCAGACUAGGAGCGUUGAUGAUAUUCUUGAUGAUGGUUAUCGAUGGAGAAAAUAUGGCCAGAAAUCUGUCAAGAAUAGCCUACAUCCCAGGAGCUACUAUCGCUGCACACAUCCCACAUGCAAUGUGAAGAAGCAGGUGCAGAGACUAUCAAAGGACACAAGCAUCGUGGUGACGACGUAUGAGGGAAUCCAUAAUCAUCCCUGUGAGAAGCUCAUGGAAACCCUAACUCCUCUCCUCAAGCAAAUGCAGUUUCUCAGUAGGUUUUAACAACAUUAAUCAUUACUCUCUUGCAUAUCUAUAUAUAUAUAUAUAUAGAUCUCUCUCUCUCUCUCUCUCUCUCUAUAUAUAUAUAUAUAUAGAUUUCUCUCUCCCUCUCUCUCUCUCUCUCUCUCUCUAUAUAUAUAUAUAUAUAUAUAUAUCUCAACACACACAAGUCAUGAAGUCACUUCUAAUCCAAAAUAAGCAAGAAAAUAGUAUAUGAAAAAGUUUCUUUUCAUAUCCUGGCAAGUUGUACUUAUUUAAUCACAUUUAAUUACCUGUGCAUGUUAAUUUGUGAACUUUACGUUUCAAAAUUUGUUGUUAACAAUAUUAUCGUAUAUAUACUUGACCUGAUCUCUUUUUUAC